UUAAAUCUCGUUUGCUAUUUGCAUCUUUCCGAUCCCCUCAAAUAUAAACCUUCAAAAUAUAUACUAGGCCAAAUUAUCAUUGUGUGCACCUUCUAAUUUCCGAACUUCAUAUCAAAAAAGAAUUUUAAAAAGGCAAAAGCUAACAAACGCCUCUGAAGAUUAGUUAAGAUAACUAAAAAUGAAAAUAUUAAACAUUUAUUAUAUCGAUUGACGAGUGAUUUGAAAUUCAUUCCAAAAUUUAUACCAUUUCUAAAAAUAUAUUUAGUUUUUAUUUAACGUCCCUUAACGUUCGUCAGAAGAUUAAAAAAAAAAAAAAAAAACACACAUAUUCACCACCUUUUGUCUUUGUUAUUGGAGAGUUGCUUAUUGCAUAUACUAACCGACCUUAUUAUUGGAAAAAGUCUACGUACAUUAGGUGUGCCUUAACUGUCCAUUACCAACCGCCAUUGUUGAACACAUUUACAUUUUACACAUACAAACUUCUUCUUUUCUCAUAAAUUCUCUCUCUGACUCUUUUCUUCCUCCAUUGACCAAUGACAUUAUUCCUCGCAUAAAAAGUAUCAUUCUUUACUAAUUCUUUUAAACACCCAUCAAAAACCCUAAAGAUAUUUCUUGUUUUCUGAUCUUCCAACGUCCUAAAUUGCCAAUUUACAGCUUUGCAUUUUCUGGGUUUCUCUUAAUUGACGCCAUGGAUGCAGCCACAAGCUCUGGUGUGCUCUCUCAGAUGAGAUUAUCAUCUCCCUCCUUUAGAAAUUUCAGACCCAGAUUCUUAAAGUCCUGUUCAAAAACCAGAACUUACAUUCCUCCUUGUAGAUAUACAUGUAGGCAUUCUUCAUCUGGCAUGCCUUCUGAUUCGUUCAACAGUCAAAGCAACAAUAUCGGUGGCCUUUCAUAUUGUCAACCAGAUAAGAGAAGUAAUGGAGUGGGGAAGACAUUUUGUUCUGCUGCUAUAUAUACCGGUAUAUACGACGAGGACCUGGCGGUAGCUCCUUCACAUGCUGCGGAGGAAAAGAUUGGGGUGCUCCUUUUAAAUCUAGGAGGACCUGAAACUCUUAACGAUGUCCAGCCGUUCUUGUUUAAUCUAUUUGCUGACCCAGAUAUCAUUCGCCUUCCCAUGCUGUUCCGUUUUCUGCAAAGACCUCUGGCUCAAUUGAUCUCUAUGCUUAGAGCCCCUAAAAGCAAAGAAGGAUAUGCUUCAAUAGGAGGGGGUUCACCUUUGCGAAAGAUAACUGAUGAGCAGGCAAAUGCACUUAAGUUGGCAUUAGAAGCAAAGAACAAGAAUGUAUCUGUCUAUGUUGGCAUGAGAUACUGGUUCCCGUUUACAGAGGAAGCAGUUCAGCAGAUUAAGAGGGACAAGAUUACAAAGCUUGUUGUCCUUCCUCUCUAUCCUCAGUUUUCUAUAUCUACAACAGGUUCUAGCCUUCGAGUUCUCCAAGAUAUGUUCAGAACGGACGCAUAUCUAUCUCGCAUGCCAGUCGCUAUCAUCCGAUCCUGGUACCAACGAGAAGGCUAUGUCAAGUCCAUGGCUGAUUUGAUUGAGAAAGAGCUGCAGUCUUUCUCCAUUCCAGAUGAGGUUAUGAUAUUCUUCAGUGCUCAUGGCGUCCCAGUUAGUUAUGUGGAGGAGGCUGGAGAUCCAUACAAAGAUCAGAUGGAGGAUUGCAUCUUCCUCAUUAUGAGAGAAUUAAAAGCUAGAGGAAUCAACAACCACCAUACACUUGCUUACCAGAGUCGAGUCGGUCCAGUGCAAUGGCUGAAACCUUAUACAGAUGAAGUUCUCGUUGAGCUUGGCCAAAAAGGAGUAAAGAGUCUAGUGGCUGUUCCUGUGAGCUUUGUAAGUGAGCACAUUGAGACACUUGAAGAGAUCGAUAUGGAAUACAAGGAAUUGGCGCUCGAAUCUGGCAUCGAGAACUGGGGUCGUGUUCCUGCUCUCAACUGCGCUCCUUCUUUCAUUAAUGAUCUAGCUGAUGCUGUCACUGAAGCUCUACCAUCAGCUACUGCGAUGUCAACCAGCACAUACGAAGAAGUUGAUAACAAUGAUCCUGUCAAGUAUGCCAUAAAGUUGUUUUUCGGUUCAAUCUUGGCCUUUAUCUUACUUUUGUCCCCGAAAGUGAUCUCGGCUUUUAAGAACAACCUUUUGUAGAAAUAGAUGGUAGGAUAUAUUUACCCGAGCUAUACAGAGAAUUGAGAUCGGAAAAUCAGAGUAGAAGAUGUUUGUAUUCUUGGUUUUCGUUUCUUGUUCAAUUUUCAGGUGAUGAGGAAUUGUAGGAAAUAUAUCUUUGUAGCCUGCUGCUUAUUUUUCUCAGAUAUACACCUGUAUAGAAUGAAUGGCAUAUAGAAAGAGAUUUCUUUUACCAUAAUUUACAACAAUUAAAAGAAAAUUGAUUACUGUCGA